CUUCCUACUCCAAAUAGGUCACAAAGGUAUAUGAAAGGGAUGUAUGGGGGGCUUAGAAUCUUUGAAACAUUUUGACCUCUUAGGAGGAAAUGGGUAUUCGUGUUUUAAUUACCCCCAACACAUUUUUUAAAAGGUAACAUGGAAUAGAAAAUAUUUGUGCAAAGGGGUCACUACUGAAUCCACAGGACCAGCUUUAGCUACAACCUUAAGCAGUUUACCUCUCUGGGCCUCAGUUUCUAUAUUACCAACAUGAUGAUUGGGUGAUGUGAAUUUUCCAUAAUUCCCCCCAAAUUUAUGGGUUUUCCUAUUAGUUUUUUUUUUUUUUUUUUUAAAUUCAGGGAGGGUGUUUUUUUUUUUACUCUAAUUGCCCACUUCCAGAGAGUUCUUUCAAAAUGAUAUAUAUGCUCUCAUUCCUCACUCGGUCUUAUUAGUCAGUCACAUAGCCAAUCACAACUAUCUUAGUCAAGACCAGUCAGACUAGUUCCAUUUAAAUUGCUAGUGACUUCUUCCCUCAAAUUCAUUUAGCUCACAGAGCCUGGGAUGCAAAGGCUCGGCUGUAGUUCUCAGGCACUCCUCAGGGCCUCUGCAUUGCUGAUUAAAGAUGUACCGACCUGUUCGUGUACCUGCUAGAAAAAGAAGCUGUUUAGAACCAUGGGUUAUUGGCUUAAUCACUUUUAUAUCCCUGAUUGUUCUGGCAGUGUGCAUUGGACUCAUCGUUCAUUAUGUGAGAUAUAAUACCCGAAAGCCCUACAAUUACUAUAGUACCUUGUCAUUCACCAGUGACAAAUACUUCCAUGAGUUUGAUAAAGAAGCUACCACAAACUUCACAGAAAUGAGCCAGAGGAUAGAAUCAAUCGUUAAAAAUGCAUUUUAUCAAUCCAGUUUAAGGAGAGAAUUCAUCAAGUCCCAGGUUAUUAAGUUCAGUCCCCAGGACCCUGGAGUGGUGGCCCACAUGCUGAUGAUUUUUAGAUUCCCCUCUACACAGAGUCCUGAAUCCAUAAAAAAAACAAUUCAACGUGUACUACAAGAGAAACUCCAACACGCAACUGGGCCCCCCAAAGUAGACCCUUCAUCAGUUGAGCUCACAAAUAUCAACAAGACAGAAACGGACAACUAUCUGAGUAACUGCUGUGGGACACGGAUGAGCGCAAGUGACAGGAUAGUUGGGGGACAAGAAGUACAUGAAGAAGGUGCAUGGCCCUGGCAGGCCACUUUACAGUAUAAUGGAGUUCAUCGUUGUGGGGCGACCUUGAUCAAUGCUACAUGGCUUGUCAGUGCUGCUCAUUGCUUCAGAAAUUAUAAGGAUCCAGCAAGAUGGACUGCUUCUUUUGGUAUAAGAAUAAAUCCUUCCAAAGAGAAGCGAAGGUUCAAGAGGAUUAUUGUUCAUGAAAACUACAAGUAUCCAUCCCAUGAAAAUGACAUUGCUGUUGUACAGCUUUCUAGUCCUGUACCUUACACAAAUGCUGUUCAUCGAGUGUGCCUCCCAGAUGCUUCUGAUAAAAUCAAGCCAGGUACUCCAGCAUAUGUCACAGGAUUUGGAGCACUGAAAAAUGAUGGUAGAAGUGUAAACAUCCUUCAGCAAGUACAAGUGGAUAUCAUAGACAGUAAGACAUGCAAUGAGCCUCAAGCUUACAACAAUGCUAUUACUUCUGGAAUGCUAUGUGCUGGUUUUUUGCAAGGAGGAAAAGAUGCUUGCCAGGGUGACUCUGGUGGACCUUUGGUCAGUUCAAAUUCUAGAGACAUCUGGUAUCUUUAUGGCAUAGUGAGCUGGGGUGAUGAAUGUGCACAACCAAAUAAGCCAGGUGUUUAUACUCGAGUGACUGCUUUUCGUGAUUGGAUUGAAGACAAAACUGGUGUCUAAGAGAGAAGUGACCUGAACAUGAAAUGCAGAGUUAUAUUUGGGCCAUAUUCACCCCAAGCUAUCCAUAUGUAUUGAUUAUGCUUUCUCUAUAAAGUUUCUGUCUUUGAGAUUUUGACUUAAAGUCAUGGAUCUCAAGUGAAUGUCAACAGUGUGAAGAAAUUAUCCAUUCUCAUAGAUUAUUGCAUUUAUUGCCUUUGUAAAGGUAGCAAACAAUCCAAAAAAAGGAAAAUAAGCCAAUUUUUUUUGCUUUAAAAAUAAAUUUAUAUAUACACAGAGGCAUGUGCUAUGGAAUUUUUUCUCUAUCUGAAUGAGGUCAGUGCAAAAUGGACCAUAAGAAAUAUUAUUAUGCCAUAAUAAAUGAUGAAAGGGACAGUUUUAGAGGAAGUCAGUAUGAGUUGUAUGAACUGAUAUAGAGAGAAGUGAGCAGAAUAAGAA